GAAUUUUAGAAUUUAUAAGCUGCGGCACGGUGUACAGUAGUUCUGACUCUAAGCCUCCACGGUGGCAGAACCUGAAGUUUCUAUUGGCUCAACAUUGUCACGAUAUUGCCGUGGAUGACAUAUUCAGCCUCAUAGAACUCUCACUCUCCUCCCAAUCAGCCCAAUAGCUACGCGCGCUCUCCAACAGCCACGUGACAUAAACCUCUGCUCAUGACGGCACGCGCCUAGUUUCCAACUUCCCCCCUUGCUGGAGAGCUCUGUUCAUCCUUGACCGCCUUGUUUGACUACCGCUUUGGGUUAGAUUGUGUUUGCCAAACCCAGGGACGGCAUAAAGCUGAGAUUAGGAAUUCUUAUUUUUCUGUGUACAUAUUAAUACAGGUGUAGAUACAGAUCAAUGUAUGUAUAGGCGAAAUGGUGGAAGCUGAGGUCGAAGAGAGGAAAGGGAGAGAGAAGAGUAAGAAGAAGAAAGGAAGAAGAUGGGGGUGGAUGCCGAUUGGAGCGGUGGCGGCGGUGGUGAUAGCAUUAGCAGUAGGGUUUUUUCCUGCACAGAAUUUCAAAUCUUGUCCCUGUGCUCAGGAUUCUCGAAAAUAUACUGGAAUUGUUGAGGACUGCUGCUGUGAUUAUGAAACAGUUGACACUCUUAAUGCAGCUGUACUGCAUCCUUUACUCCAAGAGCUUGUUACAACUCCAUUCUUCCGAUACUUUAAGGUGAAGUUAUGGUGUGACUGCCCUUUUUGGCCAGACGAUGGUAUGUGUAAGUUGCGUGACUGUAGCGUGUGUGAAUGUCCGGAAAAUGAAUUCCCAGAACCUUUUAAGAGGCCUCUGCUACAUGGUCUUGGAUCUGAUGAUCCUAUUUGCCAGGAGGGAAAGCCACAGGCUGCAGUUGACCGCACAUUAGACUCUAAGGCUUUUAGGGGCUGGAUGGAAGUAGAUAAUCCUUGGACGCAUGAUGAUGAAACUGAUAAUGAUGAAAUGACCUAUGUAAAUCUCCUACUGAACCCUGAGCGCUACACUGGCUAUAGUGGGCCAUCAGCCAGAAGGAUAUGGGAUGAAAUUUAUUCAGAAAACUGCCCAAAAUAUGCCUUUGGAGAGAUGUGCCAGGAGAAGAAAGUGUUGUACAAAUUAAUAUCUGGUCUUCACUCCUCUAUUUCAAUACACAUAGCCGCUGAUUACCUUCUCGAUGAAACUAAAAACCUGUGGGGUAAAAAUCUGGAAUUGAUGUAUGAUCGUGUUUUGCAAUAUCCUGACCGUGUCAGAAACUUGUAUUUCACUUUCCUCUUUGUUCUUAGAGCUGUCACAAAAGCAAAAAAUUACUUGGAACAGGCUGAAUAUGACACUGGAAAUGUGGAGGCGGAUCUGAAAGCGCAGUCCCUUAUGCGCCAACUACUUUACAACCCGAAACUUCGAGCUGCAUGUCCACUUCCAUUUGAUGAAGCUAAACUGUGGAAAGGCCAAAGUGGACCUGAGCUGAAGCAGCAGAUUCAGAAACAAUUCAGGAAUAUCAGUUCUUUAAUGGAUUGUGUAGGAUGUGAAAAAUGCCGUCUUUGGGGAAAGCUUCAAGUUCUCGGUCUUGGAACUGCCUUAAAGAUUCUUUUCUCUGUGGAUGGUCAGAUGAACUCAGAGCCACCUCAGCUGCAGUUGCAAAGAAAUGAAGUCAUCGCUCUAAUGAACCUGCUGAAUCGCCUAUCAGAAUCAAUCAAUGUUGUGCACACGACGAGCCCAUUGGUUGAGAAGACAAAGUGGUGGAGGCUUGUUUCAGAUCACCCAACCACAAUUAUUAGUUCAUGGAGAAGAAUAUGGGAGAGAAUAGUAGAAAAGGUGUACGUAUUAGCAGAACCGUUCCGUUGAAACGUUGCCAUUAAGAACUGUCUAUAUAAAGAGAUCUCUCAGAGUCAUAUAGAAACAUCAGGAAAAGGCUCCAUCUUUGUUGAUGAGAUGAUGACUGGAAACUUGUUGUCAGAAUGUAAAUUUUGCCACAUUAAUCCUCCUCAAAAUGUCUGUAACAUUAAUUGUACGGUUUAUCAUGUCUCUGAUUACAACUGGCAUGAAAUGAGAAAAUUUUGCUUCCAAUA